AUGGGAAUCAUGUGGGAGCCUGGGCGCGACCUUGAGGGGACGGAUCCCGACGAGUACUGCGACAGCCGGCUCUUGGAAGCGUGCGACAUUGGCCGAGAGAGAUUGCUGCGGCGCGAAGGCGUCGAUGUUGAGGUUGCCAAUGGCGGCAAGGAGGCAUGGUUUGCAUUCGCUGAAGGGGACGAGCCUUGUGGCUGGGAGACUGGGGAGGAUGAGGCAUUCGUCAUGGUGGCGGUCGCGGUCAUUCCCCGCAGGGUAGCACAGGGAGGCCAGGUGACAAUAGCCAAGAACGAGGGGAGCAGGAGCCCGGAGGAUACGACGGCCGAGACGAUGGUUUCCAGAAAGGUUGAGUGA